UCUCGACUCUGGUGCUAGGGACCGCGGCAGGCCAAGGGGGAGGUUUGGGUGGUUGGAAGGGACAAGUCUGGGCUGAGCUCGGAGCUUGGCAGCAGUUCGCGCACCCAUUCAAGCGGCACUAGUCCAAGCAGUUCUCGCUGACCGCGCUACCUGCGUCUUCUGCGCUCUCUCACCCUGAGCUCAUCUGCAGACGUCCUGGUGCCGGUCCUCACCAUGCCUAGCCUUUGGGAUCGCUUCUCGUCGUCCGCCUCCUCUUCGUCAUUGUCGCUGUCCCAAACUCCCACCCCAGAUCAGCCACCGCGUUCGGCCUGGGGGUCGGCGGCACGAGAAGAGGGGCUCGGCCGCUGCGCGAGCCUGGAGAGCUCGGACUGCGAGUCUCUGGACAGCAGCAACAGUGGCUUCGGGCUGGAGGAUGACUCGGCGUAUCUGGAUGGGGUGUCCUUGCCCGACUUCGAGCUGCUCAGCGAUCCUGAGGACGAGCACCUGUGUGCAAACCUGAUGCAGCUGCUGCAGGAGAGCCUGGCCCAGGCACGACUGGGCUCUCGGCGCCCCGCGCGCCUGCUGAUGCCCAGCCAGCUGGUGAGCCAGGUGGGCAAAGAACUACUGCGCCUGGCCUACAGCGAGCCAUGCGGCCUGCGGGGGGCGCUGCUGGAUGUCUGUGUAGAACAGGGCAAGAGCUGCCACAGCGUAGGCCAGCUGGCCCUCGACCCUAGCCUGGUGCCCACCUUCCAGCUGACCCUCGUUCUGCGCCUGGACUCACGCCUCUGGCCCAAGAUCCAGGGGCUGUUUAGCUCCGCCAACUCGCCCUUCGUCCCUGGCUUCAGCCAGUCCCUGACGCUGAGCACCGGCUUCCGAGUCAUCAAGAAGAAGCUGUACAGCUCCGAACAGCUGCUCAUUGAAGAGUGUUGAACUUGGGCCUUGGGGGCUGACACUUCCCCCACGGCAGACAACUGAACUUUCGGGGUGGACAUUUGCAGGCGGGAGCUGAGAAAUUGAUGCCUGUCCUUAGAGAACUGACAACAGCCACUUCAGGGGAGGAAGGUUGAGGGGGUAGAAAGUGUUUCCUGGGAAGAUCACUGAGGUGUUUGUAGGUGGUUUCUCAUUGGGGGCACACACUUGCCCCUCAGUACUGUAGCAUGAAACAAAAGUUUAGGGGCCAACCAGGCUUCUGGCUGGAUGUGUAUGUAGCAUGUACCUUAUUUUUAUUGUUACUGACAGUUAAGACAACAGUGGCGUGACAGCCAGGAGAGCAGCUGGGCUGCACUGGCAUCUGCAGACGAUGUGUGCUCAUGGUAGCUGGCCCUGGUGGGAGGGGAGGUUGUGGAGGUGUUUUUCUGUAUCUCAUGGUCUGAAGGGGCCAAAUGUGUUUGUUCAUUGUUUUUGCAUCUUGUUUUUUUCUUUUUUGAUUGGAACUUCACUACUGACUUGUUCUAGGCAGCUAUCUUACAGACGCAUGAAUGUAAGAGUAGGAAGGGGUGGGUGUUGGGAUCACUUGGGGGAUCUUUGACACUUGAAGAAAAAGUACACCUGAGAGCUGUGUGUGGCCCAUCCCCCGCUGUGUACUGGAGAGUUUAUCUGUGAGGGGUGGGGCUGAUUGGGGUGGGGGGCUGGAACCCCUCCCCAGAGGAGUGCCAUCUGGGUCUUCCAUCUAGAACUGUUUACAUGAAGAUACUCGCUGUUCAUUAAUACACUUGAUGUUCAAGUAUUAAGACCUAUGCAAUAUUUUUUACUUUUCUAAUAAAAAAGUAUUUGUUAAAAGUUG